GUCGCUAGGAGACGGGAGUCCGCGACUAGCUCUCUUGGCAGAAACGUGUAUGGCGAAGUGCGAUCGACUCGUCGAUACGCAGCUGUCCUGCCGCGUUUAUCAAAUUUAUAAAAGUUUUCUCGAAACGCGUGUGUAAAUAAACAGUUUGUUUUAUUUCGUUUUGAAUAUGAAGUGAUACAAAUGUUUGUUUAAACGUGCCGAUUUAAGUGAAGCUGAAGCAUUCGUAACAGUAACUGCUUCUCGCAAUGACAUGGGAGAGCAUUCAGUUACCUUUUGAGAAACCAGAGGCAUUUAAAAUGUUUCUUAUGGCCUAAUUGAUGUCUUUGUAACGUAUAAGUGAUACUUUGGUAAUAAGGACUAAAUAGUGUGUUCUUUUGGUGACAUUAGCGAUUGUUUGUUUCGGUUCGUCAGUCGUCUACACGUUCAAAAUGAGUGUUUUGAGUGGAAUAUGUAAGGCUGAUAUAAAAACGGCGAGUGAUGGACUAUUGGAGCUGGCCGAGGAGAAGCUGCGAAGCAUCAUGCGCUCGGAUCCCAUCACAGACACCUACCACGUCGAACAAACCCCAUUCGCAAGGGGUAAAUUCGCAUCGGUCCGCAAGAUCCGUCACCUGGUCUCCGGCGAGGAGUACGCGGCGAAGUUCAUACGCAAGCGGCGGCGCGCCGCGGACACGACGCGAGAGAUACACCACGAGGUGGCCGUGCUGGCGUUGUGCGCUGACUGCACGCGCGUUGUACGAUUACACGAGGUAUACGAGACUCGUUCAGAAGUUGCCAUAGUGCUGGAGCUGUGCGCGGGCGGCGAGCUGCAGCGCCUGCUUGACGAAGAAGAGCGGCUGACAGAAGGCGCGGCACGAAGGGCCCUGCGGCACGCGCUAGAGGGCCUCGCGCACCUUCACGCGCGCCGCGUGGCCCACCUCGACCUGAAGCCGCAGAACCUGCUGCUCUCCGCGGGCGGCGAGGAGCUGGUUAUAUGCGACUUUGGUAUCAGCCGCGCGAUCCAGCCGGGCGCGCACGUGCGGGAGAUAUUGGGCACGAGGGAUUAUGUCGCACCAGAGAUCCUCUCGUACGAGCCGCUGUCCCUAGCAGCCGACAUCUGGUCGGUGGGCGUGCUCGCGUACGUGCUGCUGAGCGGCUACUCGCCGUUCGCGGGCGACACCAAGCAGGAGACGUACCUGAACAUCGCGCAGUGCCAGCUCAGCUUCCCGCCGGAGCUGUUCCGCGGCGUCUCGCAGCGAGCCGUGCAGUUCAUCAGGGAGACGCUUGUGGUUGAUCCAAAGGGUCGUCUUACAGUGGAAGAGUGCCUGGAGCACCCCUGGUUGAAAGACGACGCGGACAUUCCGCGCGCGAUCGUCGGCCUCGGCUUCGGCGCGUCCGAGCUCGGCUCCGACGGCGAUGACGUCACCGAUGACGUCACGUGCCACCCCAGAGACGAAGUGCACGUCAACGGGAUCAACGGAGUGAACGGAAUCAACGGAGUUAACGGAAUCAAUGGUGUAAAUGGAGUCAACGGGCAUAAUGGUGUUAGUAAAUGCAACGGCACGACCAAUGGCACGCAUGAGGAUAAAGUUGCAGAGCCCGACGCAGCGGCGCCGUCGGAGAGCCGCGAGGAGGAGGAGCGCGACAAGCCGCUGAAGCACGCGCGGGACGCCUCGCCGCCCUUCCCCGACGCGCCCUCCACACCCAAGGUGUCGCGUAAAUCCCACCCGCCGCCGCCGUCCGUGCUCGCGCUCUGCAAGAAGUUCCAGCCCGACUACGAGAAGCCCGCCAAGCUGCCGCACGCCCACGCCCACGCUCACACCCACGCUCACACCCACGCCCACGCUCACGGAGAGUGCGGCGCGUGUGCAUGUGCGUGCCCCGCGCCGUGCCUGCGCAUGCGCGCCACGCAGGACCGCGCCGUGCUGUGCUAGCGCUCGCUUUGCUGCCUCUGGCGGCUCUGCUGACCCUAGCGCGGGUAGGGUCCCGGAUCCGGAGUGCGGGGCGCUCUAGAGAUACGGAUCCCGCUCUAAAAGUGUCGGAUCCCGCUCUAAUGGUGGUGGGAUCCCACUAAGGACCCCGCUCAAGUGGUGAUGGACCCCGCUCUAGUUGCGAAGGAUCUUGCUCUAGUGGUGCGAUUUAGCGGCUCUAGCGUGAAUCGCCCUAGCUAUUCGUGGAAUACCCUAGGGUUCGAAAGACUAGUGACAUUGCAGCUCUGGAGGAUUAGUGUGUGCGCUCUGGAAUUGAAGUGGCCUUAGAAGCAAGUGGUGUAGGGUCCCGGGACCCGCGUUCUGUGACGUAUUGAGUGACUCUAGGAGUUGAGUGUCCGCAGUAGUGAGGGGUGGCCGGAGACACGCGCACUGGGCGGGCUAGCGGCAAGGGACUAGUGAUAUAGUACUUGUAUUAAUAGAAAUCAUGUUACUUUUGUGAAAUAUUUUUUAGAGUAUAUGUAUUAUAAUCUAGAAGUUUUCAGAGUCGUGUAUUCUAGCCUAAAACGAGGCAGGAAGGUGAUACGAUUAAUGUAAAAUUUCAAGAUCCCACCCGGCAACCCUGGCUUUUUAUAUGUAUUUUCCGAAACCCAGUGCGCGUUAACUGUCAACACUCGCGACCGUUCUGUGCCUUUAAAAGUACAAUUGUAGCUAGAAUUAAAUAUUUGUAGCCGUAGCAUUAUUGCACUCGUAUUUUAGUGUAACACGUGCGAAUAUGUUUGAGUGCGCCGAAGUGAUAAUGUGCGAAAUAUAUACUUAACAAAAUGAGUGCCAAUUUCCUAACGCUAUUAUUAUACCAAUUUCGAUUUAAGUGUGUGCUGUACAUGACAAAUCGGAAGUAUGGGAGGAUGUUGUACUUUCAGUAAAAUCAAUUAUAUUUUUAGGAAAUCAUAGCUUUUUUACCUACUUGAUAAAAAAGUAAAUUCCAUACUUCCGCUUCGCCAUUUAAACUUGUGGCUGCGAGUUCUGUGUAUGUUAUUGUUAACUGGCAUAGAUUAUAACGAUUCACCAUUGAAAGAGAUUACCAACGGUUUUGAACUGUUUAUGGAUCACACGCACAAACACGUAUCACAUACUUCGUUGUGUCGUUCCGUUGGUCGCGAGUGUGCGAGUCGCAGAGCCAUCCUGCGCUCAUUGUUGAAAUGUAUUACUUUUAAUGUUUACAUGUCCAAGCUAAGCCGACUGGCCGUGUAAAUAGACCUAGAAUAAGCCAAUUUGUGUAUAUUUUUUUAAGUAGGGACCCGAUUACGCGAACUCGUAAACGCGACAAUAUUAGAGUAAUAAAUUAUGGAACUACGCACGUGUUGUCCUCGUUCACGAUGCUGACGUCGUCGAUUGCGUUCCAAAUCGAAAUCGCGUUUGCACGGCUAUCGGUUUCGAGUUCGUGUAGUAAUCGCGCUCCUACAUCGACGGUACAAAAUGCAUAAUUAUACGCCAGCGAACGAGAGUACGGAGCUUGUAAAGUAAAUGUGUUCGUAAGAUUACUUAAGUCGGCCGAGAGAUGCGCCCGCACCGCCCGAGCUGUACAUAAUCCAUACUUUACCGCGGUCUUAAUUUAUUUGAUAUAUGAGGUGCGGCUUCUCGGCGCUAAAUACUUACUUAGCUAAUAAAUUUGUUAUAUUGUAACGGUAACGUUCGUGAAUUGUAUUCUAGCCACUAAGUGUUUAGAUAUGUUUUAAAGAAUAAUGUACGUUACGUAUGUGAAAUGUAGUGACGCGUUCGUUGACCCAAAAAUGGGACCAAAAUUUUGUGUAGUCGCAUAUUAUUCCAUAACGAUGGAAAUGUUUAAACAUGUUUAAAAAUGUACAUUAAUGUACAAUAAGAAAUUUUAUCACUGUGAGUGACCGCGUUCGGGUUGUUGAAUAGAUAGGAAAUUGUUAAAUAAUGGAUUAUUGCGAUGAGCUCAAAUCUUAACGAUUUAGUUACUCUUGUAAAUCUUAGCUUAAUGGAAUUAUAGUGCCUUCGCGCCGCCUUGUUAAUUCCCCUUAUUUCUUAAUUGUCUUUUAAUUUUGCCUGUGUAUAGUUUUAUUUCGUUUACAAGAGAUUACUAAUUUGAUUUUUUUUACAUUUUUCUCAAACUUAACUCGAAGAUUUUAUUGUCCUCAGAGCUGUUGUGAUCCAUAACUCAUUUGUAAAAAUAAAUUAUUGUGAUACAAAA